AUGGAUAAGCAAUAUCGAAAUGAAACUUUACCAAAUUUAUGGAGAACAAUUGGAACAACCAAUUUUGAUAGUUUCCACGCUUAUUAUAUGAGUAACUUGACAAGAAACAACGAUCAUCCAUUUCUCUCUGUCUUUUUCAAAUAUUCAAAGCAGUUAGAAUUACUUAAACAUCUUUUACCUAUUGUAAAAUUUGCUCAACUUCUGAAUAACAAACUUGGAUAUCAAUUAACCAGACAAACGGCAAAAGAUAUGAAAUUCAUACAAUUUAUAAAAGAGGAAUCCAAUGAUGGUAGAAAUAAAGAAAUUUUCAAUAAUUUGAAUACCGCUUUUAAUGAUUUUAAACUUGGUUGGAAUACAGUAAUACCUUUCGUAAAUCGAUAUCAAUGUCAUGAACUUCCCAAUGAAAAACCAGUCAUAGGUUAUAAUCUUCCAGUUAUUUAUGGUUUAGUGGAACCGAAAGAUGCAGGAAUUUUCUUAUGCGCUAUUUUAGAUUAUUUAAUUGACUUGCAAAACCAGUUCUUACAAGAAGUUAUAGUAAUUUCACCUGGAACUUGUAAAUCUCUCAAGUUUUUAGAUGAAAUUACAUUUGAUAUCGAACUAGCAAUUUCGAAAACAGAACCAGUUAUACCCAAUGGAUAUUGCCUUCAAUCUCUACGCCUUGAUCAUGUUCGUUCAGGAAAUAUUAUAAAUUUUGUUUGGGAUGAUGAGAUUCUUACAUAUAGUCAAAGAAAUUUAGCAAUUGCAAGAGGAGAAGAUAUUGUGUAUGAUUUGACAAAAAUUGAAGCGGAAUUGGCAAACAUUUUAGUUUUCGAGAAAGUUUAUAUAGAAACUCUACCAGAUUCACAACUAUAUCUAGAAUGUUACCCGUAUCACAUGGAAUUAUUUCAAGGAUAUAUGAGAAUUCUUAGUGAUAUUAAGAAUCAAAUAACCCAAGAGCCAAUCCCGAUCGAAAAAAUGAAUUCAUUAGGCUUUUCUGAAAAUUCCGGUUUAGAAUAUGCUUCAAAAUCGACUAUAGAUAACUCAUCAGAAAUUUUGUCAUCAUUGGAAAUACUUCUAUGUUUCGUCAAGCGUACAGCAGUUGGAAAUGGCGACAGAUCUAUUAAAGAUUUUGUUUUACAAUGGAUGAAACUAUCAUCAUUGUAUGAACAUAGAGAAUUCUCUAAAAUUUUAGAUAUUGAUUUAAGACUUAAACACUUGGUGUCAUUAUAUGAACUCGUCGAAGAACAAGUUGCCGAUAUUAAAAUUAAAUAUAUUCAUGAAAAAUAUCAGGAAAAACUUUCAACGGAUAUGGAGGCGGCAAUAAUGGAAUCUUUAGGUUUUGAGCAGCAAACGACAACGAAAAAAGUUAUACAAGCAGAAACAUUCGCAUUAGCUUUAAAACGAUUUAUGUUACGAUUUUUAACUUUAGAGGAUCAAAAAGAAACGGAUCCAUUAAAAAUUUAUUUACAAGAUGGUUCAUUAAAUUUUUGGCCUUCAACAGUUCCAGAGGAACUUGUUGAUAAAUUGUUUCCAGAAAAUUUAUUGGUAGCUAAUACAUAUGAUGCUUAUACAUUCACAAUGAAAAAGAUUGAGCAAACGAUGAAAAAACAGAGAAUCAAUGAUCUAACAAAUCUAAACCAAACGGAACCUACAGCUAGCAGAAAUACAUCAAGAAGACCAAGAAAUGGCCGACUUAGAUUUGAUGCGACGUAG